UAUACUACAUUAGGUUAUUAAACGGAAGAUGGAGGACGACGCUUCUCAACCGUCCGAUGCGAUUACCUUCUAUCUCCCCGGUUCAUCAUCGUCACCUCCGCCACUAACGCCGUCUGAUCAAACUGAUGAUCAACGAGAAGAUUUUGCCGCUAUCAAUUUUCCGUCACCGUCCGACUCAUAUUUCCCGCCAAAUUCGUACCUUCCUAGCUCGCUCUCGCUUUCUCCUUCUCCCUCCUCCUCCUCCCCGUCGUCCGCGUCCACGGACCUCACCACCGACCGCCGCCUUCACCAGGCCCGUCUCAUCCUCGAGUACCAACAGCUUUGUGAGCACUACGACUUCUGUGUCGCUCGACUCCGGGUUCUAACAACCGAGCUCGAUUCUCUCCGCCGGGAGAAUGUAGAUCUCAGAGUGGCUAACACCGAGCUCCUGAAGCUCCUCGGCCUCUCUUCUCGUGCAGCUAUGUGCAGUCAUCUUCAUCAUCCCGAUCGGACUCCUGAUUUAAGUGCACAAAACAGGACCGAACCUAGUCGCUUCGAGAGGAUAAAUGUGAAUAGGAGGAAUUCGUUGCCUAAGAGCAUAUCAGUGAGAUCCAAGGGAUAUUUGAAGGCCAGCCAACAAAGUCAGGGGAACGGCGAUACGAGUCGCGGUUCGUGUCGGAAACAACUUCCCUGCAAAUCGUGGGAAUUCUUACUGUUGCUGAAGGUGCAGCAACGAGUUCGUAUGGGGAAGAUAUCAGAGGAGGAGGAAUUGGAAUUGGAGGUAUACAAUCAAGGAAUGUUGAAGACAGAACUUUGCAACAAGUGGGAGGAAACAGGAACGUGUCCCUACGGCAACCAUUGCCAGUUCGCUCAUGGUAUCAAGGAGCUGCGUCCAGUUAUCAGGCACCCCAGGUACAAGACUACCAUUUGCAGGAUGGUCCUUGCCGGUGACACUUGCCCUUAUGGCCACCGGUGCCACUUCCGCCACUCACUCACCGAGCAAGAGAGGUUGGUGAUCCCUCGCUGACCAUCAAUGGCUACUAGUCAUAAUUAAGUUGCUCCCAGUGAUACAAUGAAUCAAAGCUAAAAGCUUGGAAACUAGCAUAAGACUGCAUGCUAUUGAUAUGUAUUGUCUUGUUUUGAUAUUUGCUAUUGUAUAUAUGUUCACACUGAAGUUAUUAAUUAUAAUGUAUGCUGAUUCAUUGAAUAAUUCUCUUUCUAAUUUGGUACAGAUAUUUGUAGUUUGUAGACUUUCUCUAAUCUCCUAAGCUGUGACCAACCAUAUUUGUUGGUACUGUUGAAUUCAUACAUAUAGCAACUUAGAGUACAUUGAACCAAUCUGGUUUCUUUGAUACACAGAAAGCCAUAUCUUGGUAGUUGAUAUGUGAUUUUGCACCCAAUACAUUGUCUUUUAGUACGCUCCGUAAGAAGUCAUCAAAAACCAAAUAAUAAAUACAUAUGUUUAACACUUUUUCAACUUUAUUUUUGAUAACCUCAAAAGGAGCCUGUAUAUUCAGAUUACAGUCUUAUAGGCCAAUCAAAUUAUCAGAUAUGUGAUACACUAGUCAAGUUGACUUCAACAAUUCAAGCUUAGUUGCCUUUUCUUUAUUUGUAACUAGUUGGUUCUCUAAACAGAUGGGUUAUUUCUGGGAUGAAGAUAGAACUCUAGGAAAGAAGAAGCAGGCAAAAUCUAAUGCUUCCUUUAAACAAUGUGUAAAUAUGCAUCGUGUUUGUGCUUCAUUGUGCAUAGAGACACAUGGAUAAACCUUUUUCACUUCUUUCACGAAUUCUUCAAACAAUUAUAUAAAUUUUAGCUGUAAAUAAGCUUAUGUUUUUCAGACAUUUGGGUUAGUUAAAAUUUUACAACCAAACAGAGACCAAGUAGAAUUCUUUAAGGAUGAGAAUUGAAAAUCUCAACUUGAAAUGUAGGAAUUGAAUUCUUAUGAUUAAGUCAUUUUAGGUGGGGAUGGUGAUAUAUAAAACAUCACAA